AUGGAAAAUUUUAACGAAUAUUGGGAGUUAUUUGUAGAUAAGAAAGAUUCAAUAGCGAAGGAGAUUAUAGCCUACUACAAAACGCUGGACGAUCACGAAGAUGGGACGGAUCUGUCCGAUGAAUGUCGGGCAUUUUUCAAGAAAAACAUGCUGCAUAAUCCGUACCCAACGUGCCAGGUACUGAAACUGCUGGCCAUGUCUACGAUUUCGGCCAAAAACAGCAAUAUUUAUGAAAUCGCAACAGCAGCCGUUUUGGAUGCAUUUUCCGGCGAUCAACAUGUUGAAAACAGCAAGCUCUACAACAUGCUUGCAAAUGGGUUGAUAUCCGUUAAGGCGACUAACAGACUAAAAUCCCGCAUUAUGAAAGCAUUGGAAAGCAAACGUGUCGAUCUAGAAAUGCUGUUACUAGCGAUGUUUUCCAGGAAGAGUGUGAAACUGUUAGUAAAUUUACUUCCCGAAAUGGUGGUUCCAUUGAAGCAGCAAUGGGCUUGGAAUGUAUUGGAUAAAAAGCAGCACUUUCUCACUGGACUACUGCAAGAGGACCACUCUACUACCGUUUCCGCAACCCAUGCGAACUACAUUCGUUUUAUGAAGCAAGUGCUGCUUGCAAACAGUGAGGCAGGAUCGUUUUCGUCCUCGAUUGAUGCAGUUGAUCCUCUGUCAGGUGAAAAAGGCUACCUUAAUGCCUAUAUACUGGAACUGCAGCGCUGUUUCAUGCUCCAAUCCCUUCCCAUCGAUAAGACUCUGCUGCCAGCUCGAGACUUUUCCCAGCAUUCUACCGUGCUGAGUAUGCUCGUGCGCGCCAACGCCAAUCUAAUGGAGGUUGAUUUUAGCACUUUACUCGCUACAAUCCGUUCGAACCAGAUGUUGAUCGAGCAAAUAGUGCCAACGGAAAAUGCACCCCCGAAUGAGAACACCGAAACAAUGAAGCUGCUUCAGAUACAAGCAAUAAUCCUGGUGUUUAAAGCGAUAAAAGCUGCCGUCUCUUCACAGGGCAGCAGUGUUAUCAGCCUCGAUUCGCAGCUAAAGGGGCUUCUCAAAGAGACAGACAUGAAAACGUUCCUGCGAACCAUGGAGCUGAUCUUCACGAUGCUGUUUAUGCGUGGCGACAUGCUGCCAAGCGGUUCGAGUAUGCACGCCGAACAGAGAUAUUUUCUCUGCAGUCUAGCAAUGUUGGGCGCCAUUACAUCCAGCAUGAAGUCGAUCAUGAUCACGAGGAAACACUCCGCCGGUUACCAGGAUGCGAGCGCAAAUCUGAAGCAACGCUUUCGAACGCUACUCGAAUUUGUCACCGAUGUAUGUUGGCGCUUAUCGCUGUUUGACGAAACCCCACCGUCGACGGAAGACGCUACGCCCAUAGGUCCAAAGUGCAGCCGACCGAUUCAUCUCACUGACAUGCCCAUGAUACCGACGUCUCUGACGCGUCUCACAGAGCAUGGUUGCGAAUCAUCAUCUUCCGGUGGUGGGGUUUUGUUUCGCAGUGCCGAAUCCGUCGCUGCCAUCGACACGGCCAGCGUACAUCGGCACCGGUAUGGUAAUUAUGGCACGCUACCGAAGCAUAAACCAACUCGUAGGCACAAUCGAAAUCACCCGGUGACUGGCUCAAGCAAUUCCGGAGGAAGCAGCAAGGAUCUUCAUCGGCAGCAGUCACUUCCGGUCGGAACGAAAGUAGAGCUGAUUUGUGACCGCCCGGAGGCGGCAAUGGGAGAUAUCACGACGAGUAGCGGUAGCCGGACGGAGCUGUGGAACAAGAAAGCUUUCACCAAAUUGUUUGCUUCACCGGAAACGUUGGCCAUCGUGUGCCUUACCAACAGCAAAAUGCAUUUCGCGCGGCAAAUCAUAGAAGAUCACAAUCUUUACGAUCGUCCCGUUGGGAGGCUCAUCCAGCGGAUCGAGCAAACGCAGGCGCUUAAGAGCAAUUUAGUCGCGUUGAUAAAAAAACAGGAAUCAACUGAAGGCAGUUCACGGGAUGCGCAACCAAACGACAGCAGCAGCGACGUCCUGUUGAACGACAUUCGUCACAAAACAGCGGUGGGAUUUGAAAUCUCGAAGGUACUGAGCACCAUCGAAACGUUCCUGAAAUCACAAACGUUGGACCAAACGAUCACGCCGCCAACGGACGGAGUUCUGCCACCGAUGGAUCGUUUCGUGGGGCGAUACCCUUUUCUUAGCGUUCACACCGGGAAGAAUCUCCAUCUCAGCCAAAUUGUGGAUAUCGUUUUAAACUUACCGUUCACCUACGAGCUGAACCUUGCGUUGUAUAAUUUUUUGUUGAAAAAUGCCCAUCACAUGGUGAGCACGGUCACGGGCACCCUGUCCACCAGUACAUCGGGUUAUGGCGGUGAAUUGUCGAACUUGGUUGGUAAUUAUGUGUCCUUCUUUGGGACGGUGAUCGAUACGCUUCAGUUGGCACAUAAAACGACCCGUUCCGGAUCGAAUACGACGGAUCGAAAGCUCACCAUCGGUCAUCUUUUAUCGCGUGAAGUUUGUCCGCUCGAUGCGGUUGAAAAUGGGGUAGUUCUGAAGCGACGUGCCCGAUUUCACGCCAUGGUCGAACGUGGAAAGGACGUGGAAAACGCUUCGGAGCUUGAAACCGCACUCACCACACUGCCCGAUUGUGCAUUUGCAUCGUUGAGCAAAAUGAAAGCGUACGUUGGACAUUUGGUGGAGCUAAUGAGAGCAGUACAAUCGAUCCCACCAAGUGAAGGUGGACAUUCGGCUCACGAGGAUAUCAGCAAGGGACCGGAACUCAUCCGAACGGACGUGCAGGAGCUGAUGGUGAAGUACUUGUGCGAGAAGGAAGUAUCACUCGCCACUAUGGACACUCUGGCGCGGAAAAUAGGUGUAAAUCUCCUUCAGACCCUCGGCAGGAAGCUGCUCGGGUGGGAUGCUUCGAACGAGCUGUGUAAAGUGGAUGGGUUGAUGGAAUUUUUGGCAAAUAAAAACGAACUAUUGUGCCAGCUUUGUCGCAUCCAGAGCGGAGCAUUGUUAGUGACGCCUGCAAAUGAAUCUGUGCUCGCAAAUUACAUGAAUCUCAAAAUUGGAGCGGGCAUUCUGAAAGGGAUGCCUAUUUGUUGCAGAAAACAACGACCUGCAAUGGUCGAACCAACGGAACUUUUCUUUCAGGAAUGUAACCACUCGUGCUGUCUGUUAGAGCUGGGAACCAAAGAGAGUAGCACGAUUUCAGAAGUUCUGGGCAGCGUGUUUGGGAAUGGAUCGUUACAAGAAAAGGCGUCAAUGCUACUAGCGAAUGUGGACAUUUUUGUGAACGCAAGCGAAUGGAUUAGUGCCUCGGAACAUCUACUGACUGCUAUUCAAGAUAGCGAUGGUUCCUCCUCCAUAGAGCCGGAUACACGUCACGAGCUGCAGCAGAAAGCGAACCAACUGAGGACGUAUGUCCGAAUAGGAGAGCUCCUGCAGCUUCGUUCGAGGAAUAACACUGCCGAAGGUGAUGGUUGGCAAGAUGCGCGCAAAUUUUCCGACAACAACAAGAGCACCGUGUUGCAUCACGUGAUCGAGUUGGGUGAAUAUCGACUGUGUGCUGACUGGAUUCAAAUGCACCCGAUCGAUGCCGAAAAGGAGCUGGAGAUGUUCAUGUGCGCUGUCCACAAGGUAGUGGCACGAACAGGACCAAUGAAGGAGCUGCAAGCUGGCGACACAGCAAUGACCCAGCUUUUCGACAUUAUCGAGACAAUGUCAACGGACGCCGUUGUGAAGCUGUACGAAGCGAUGAUGCUCAACGUCCGGAGUGUUCCGGUGGUGAGCUAUAUGUUGGCGUAUCUGCAGCAACAUGCCACCCGGAAGCCUCUGUACCAGAAGUACGAGAUAUCGUUGAAAAUUUUCGAACACCUGUCACGGGAAGAAUACGACGGAUUGUGGAAUUUGGCGAGCCGCCCGUUGUUGAUCAUCGAACAGUGUCUAAUGAACUCCCGCUUAGAGUUGUUGAGUGGGAUAAUUCGAUCCAUAAGGCCUUCGCUGGUGUCGGAGUUGUGCAAACAUUGCUACGAACAUCGAGAGUACAUCCGUGAUUUGCACGAUUCCGUCCAUGGUGGCAUGGGGGAACGAUCGGCCGUCGUAAUUGCGAUCACCCGCACGAAUCCUGUCCACGAUGGGUUGUUCAUUAGCGACGAAUGUGUGGACUGUUUGCUGCGCGUGUACGCCGGGAAAGCACUCGAGUACAAGGUGUUCCCUGAGGUGACACCCCCGGACGGGCUGGGUGAUGGUUCUGGACGGCCUGUCGGCCCGGGAAGCCGUGUGUCCAGCUUCGAUUCAUUGAGCGAAGUUGGCAAUCCGUUUGUGAUGCCGAAAGAGAUUCCUUCUCGCGAUCGUUGGGUGAAGGAUGAGGAUGCGCAACACUGUAUGUGCUGUCGAAGGACGUUUUCGAUGCUGAACCGUCGCCAUCAUUGUCGUCGGUGUGGCCGGAUUGCGUGUCAUGCGUGUUCGAAGCGGAAGAUUCGUUUGGGGCACUUUUACGAAGACGUUGCGGUGCGCGUUUGUGACGAUUGUUGGCGCUGUCUUGCGGAUACGCAACCGCACGAUGAAAUGGGCCGAGAACCGGGAUACGGAUCUACUACUGCUGGAGCUGCCUCGCGUACGUCCGACACGGACAAUCAGUUCGAGUGGUUGCUAACCGGAAACGAGCGGUAUGAUAACGUCAUCCGCGAUGAGUAUACGUACGAGUAUGCGCCCUCAACUGGCCAGUGUUUGGCGAUUUGUAACCUGCACACACCCAACGAGGAACUGGCCAGCUUUCUGUUGUACCACUGCGCGAAGCUGGAGGCCCUCCUGCGACCACUACAUCCCGGUUUUCCGAACCCAGAGAUCGAUUAUGCGCUCGUCGCUCGGAUGUUGCUGAAUCUGACGCUUGGUGUGAAGGUGCGUGGUGGUGGUGCCGAGGUGGAGAAGAUGAAGGAACACGCCGAGAUUAUCCUGUCGAUUGUGCACGAUAAUUGUGAGUCACUGUUGCUGCACACACCCUCGAUGAGCAACCACAGCAGUCUCCGGAGGUUGCGGGAUGCUCUUGUGAAGGCGGAAAAGUGGACAUUGGCGUUGGAAUUAUCGCUCAAGUGUGGUUUCUCUCUGACCGGCGUGAUGGCCGCCUGGGGUAUGACGUGUUUGCGUGCCGGAUGUUACGAAAUGGCGCGUGAAAAGUACUCCCACUGUUUGCCCCGGAUUGCCACGGAACUUGAGUGUGACGCCGUGUUGCGUUUAAUCGAAACAACACCUUCAGCUUUCGGUGGCAAAGCUCCUCCAAAGGUGACCAUCGUAAAGCGACCCGCUCGAUGUCCUCCGCUGCUAAACGAGAUCCUGUACGCGCUCACGGUUACAGCUCGUCUAGGGACACCAUCCGAACGCGUAGUUGCCAGAGUCAACGCGGCUAGACAGGCUUCAGGAUCGGCACACGAACCGGCGUUAAAUAUCCUCAGCACUUUGGCCAACCUACGGAACGUGUGCCAGGGUGAGUUUGAGGCGGACUCCUUCGAGCGGAUCGUCAGUUUCGACAGCUCUACGGUGAUGUGUAGCCGGUUGUUUGAGGAAUCAAUGCAUUACCUGCUAGCGUACGGAUCACACCAAAGCAUCGUACAGUUCCUGAUGCGCUACCGUCAAACGGAAGUGGCCGCUUUGCGGUAUGUUUUAGCACAGCACGUGGAACCGGACGUGUUUUUGCAAGCGGUACUGAUACCGUAUCUACAACGUGGCGAACUCGAAACCAUCGUCCAGCGUUUGUCGGACAUCGAUGACACGUUGCUCGAAUGGCGCGAGUACAUCCGGUACACUUGUCGGUUUCUCGAGACAAACGACAUGCUGAACAGUCUGUACAACCUGCAGCUGCUGCUGAAGGAUCCGAUACGGGCGAGCAUGACCUGUGUGCGGUUUUAUACGACGGGUGGACGAACGUUUACGGAUUUGCAUGCGGCCGAGCAUCACCUGAAGACGAGCAUCACGCAUUUGCAGAACGAGCUGGAGUUGUGUAACUGGCAGGAAGUGCGCCUAAACAGUGCCGGAUCCGCUGUCGAAACCCACCAUUCGCUGCUGAUGAAGCUGGACCCAAAGGAGCUAAACAAUCACAUCAACACCAUACUGUUGCAGCUUGAUGUCACCAAAUUUCUGGCCACGUGCGAAGCGAAAGGUCGCCAAACGACAAGCUUACUAUCAAAGAUCUUUCGGGAAGCUUCCCAGCUGCCAACCUUGUUUGGUUCCGCUCACGAAAAGCUUCAGCUGGCGAUUUUAACACUAGUGUGCGGCCAAAAUGUGGAAGAAGCAUUUGGACUCUCGUACAGGAUCAUUCAAGACUACAACCUCGAUAUGCAGCGUGUGUAUGCGCUUACUGCGAAAUACUUCAUCAACCACGGUAAAAUAGAGGACGUCAGUAAACUGCUUGACGCGAUCGUGAGCAACGAAAGCAGUACAGGCGUUGUGACGGAACCGGCCGUGUCAGCGAUCUGUGACGAGAUUGUACGGGUUUCCGUGGAUGUAGCGAUCGGUCGGCACGGGACAGGUGUCCACACGAAGGUUGCCCUGGAGGCUCUGAUUAGCCGGGCCAACUCGGUGGCUGUUCGUGUGCAUUGUUACAUCGCUUCCGGUCAGCUAAAGACGGCUUAUUUGCUGGCGAAUCGACACCAGCGGACUGGUGAUAUUCGGAAGAUUUUACGCCAAGCCGAACUGUUGGGCCAGAUGCAUGUGAAGCGGCUGUGUGAGGCCAGGCUGAACCAUCAUGAGCAGGCUUCGGGGACGAACCGGACGUCGGAUGGUUAAAGUGAUACACAGGAAUGGAUUUCAGCAAGAUCAGCUAAGCUGACUGUGCGCGUGAUAGCUCGACCCGUUUUGCUCACUAGACGUCUGUUUUAAAGCCUGAUGAGAGAGACUGGUGACAAGAAGUUUACACUUGUCACUAAAUGACGAUGAUUUUAUUGAAAUAACAACUUGAUACUCGAAUUUAUGCUAAUGAACAGCGAAUAGCUGCCAUUCGAAAUAAUAAUGUUGCGCUUCGAUGGCCUCUUGUUAUUAGUAUGUAGGGCUUUUUUCUAUAAUAAAUUGUUAAUA